UAGGUAGGGGGGGGGGGGGGGGGGAGGAACGUCUUCCAAGGGGGAAAUCAGCCAGGGACCAUGCCGACCUACAACAUCAGCUCUGUUUGUGUGGACUUUCCUUUUGAGGCAUAUGAAUGCCAGAUAGUGUAUAUGAGCCGGGUCAUUGAAGCUCUGCAAAAGGGGCAAAAUGCUCUUCUUGAAAGUCCAACUGGGACAGGAAAGACUCUGUGUUUGUUGUGUGCAACAUUGGCAUGGCGCAAAAGUGUUGCGAACAAAAUCGCACAAUUGACAGCGGCCAGUCGCAAUCGAGAAGCAUCUCAGAGCGGUGGUGAUGGGAAUGGUAAUCCUGGAAAUGUGGCCAAUAAUAAUCUAGGUGAUCCCGAUUCUUCAUCGACAAUUCCGUCCGUUCCAAAUAUCAUCUAUGCCUCACGAACUCACAGCCAACUUCGCCAAGUCAUCAGGGAGCUUAAGGCCACCAAAUACCGGCCAAAAAUGUGUGUGUUGGCGUCCCGUGAGCACUUGUGUAUCCAUGAAGAGGUCUCUCAGUUGAGAGGUACAAUGCAGAAGAACGUGUGUAGAUCGCUCGUUCAGCGCUCUCGGUGCUGCUAUUUCCGAGGAAUGCAGGAGUGUAAAGGGGACCCAGAUUUGGAAGCUGAACCACUUGACAUAGAAGAUCUCGUCAAGUUUGGACGCGAAAAGCGCGCGGGAUUGUCAUGUGAGAGGCGGUGGGCCCUCUUGCUGAGGCAUCGGGGGCUGGAGCCUGUCCCGAGCAAUGAUGGUAGGUGCGCCACCUGGUGUCCGAAGGUCGCGUUGCUGCGCGAUGGGAUUCGGUUGCUGCGCGAUGGGACUCAGUUGCUGCGGGAUGGGAUUCAGUUGCUACGCGAUGGGACUCGGUUGCUGCUUGCUGGGACUCGGUUGCUCCGUGCUGGGACUCGGUUGCUGCGUGCUGGGGCUGGGUUUUGCAUGCUGGGACUCGGUUGCUGCGUGCUGGGAUGGAUUGCUGCGUGCUGGGAUUCGGUUGGUGCGUGCUGGGAUUCGGUUGCUGCGGGCUGGGACUCAGUUGCUGCGCAAUGGGAUUCGGUUGCUGCGCGCCGGGACUUGGUUGCUGCGGGAUGGGAUUCGGUUGCUGCGUGCUGGGACUCGGUUGGUGCGUGCUGGGGCUGGGUUGCUGCGUGGUGGAACUCGGUUGCUGCGUGGUGGGGCUCGGUUGCUGUGUGGUGGGGCUCGGUUGCUGCAUGCCGGGAUUCGGUUGCUGCGUGCUGGGACUCGGUUGGUGCGGGCUGGGACUCGGUUGCUGCGCGAUGGGAUUCGGUUGCUGCGCGCGGGGACUCGGUUGCUGCGGGCGUGCUGGGGSUCCGUUGCUGUGUGCUGGGGCUCGGUUGCUGCGUGCUGGGACUCGGUUGCUGCAUGGUGGGAGUCGGUUGCUGUCUGCUGGGGCUCGGUUUUGCGUGCUGGGGCUCGGUUGCUGUCUGCUGGGGCUCAGUUUUGCGUGCUGGGGCUCGGUUGCUGUCUGCGGGGGCUGGGUUUUGCGUGCUGGGGCUCGGUUUGCUGCGUGCUGGGGCUCGGUUGCUGCGUGCUGGGGCUCGGUUGCUGCGUGCUGGGGCUCGGUUGCUGCGUGCUGGGGCUCAGUUGCUGCGUGCUGGGACUCGGUUGCUGCGUGCCGGGACUCGGUUGCUGCGUCCUGGGACUCGGUUGCCGCGUGCCGGGACUCGGUUGCGCGGUUAUCACAUUAGACGCAUAGGUUUCCCGUGCGAGUGCGACCCACGGGUUGUUGUCCUAUCCUUGGUUCGCCAGAGUUUCGCGAGUAGACCAAAAAGUCUUGGUACGUCGUUGGUUGACUAUGGUAGGCGGUCUUACUGCGCUUUUGCGGAGGGGAUCGUUUUUCUGCAUGGUUGGGACGCAAAUAUGGAUGUUGGGCACGUGGGCAAUGGUCAACGCCCUUUGCGGUCCGGGCCUUGGUGGGAAGCGCUUAUGCUUCACAGGUCUUGCGAUGAUAUCUCGCACGCUCCGCACGUGUUUCCGGACCACCUUCGGUUGCGGAGCGGUUCGUGCAAUGAUAGUGUAGAUGCACGUGCGCAAGCCACUGGGGGCUUAGGGACGACGGUCCACGAUAUCCCGGAGGCGGGAGAUUUGGUUUGGGUGGAAGGUGCGCACGGCGGUCGAUGGACUGCUGUGGGCAAUGGUCAUUCCCGUGAGUCGGAGUCUUUGCCCUUCGAUGCAUCUGCGGCUGCGAAUUUCCUGCCACAGGGUGGGUACGGGGUAGCUGGUCGUUCAACGGCACGUUCACGGGUCAAUGCACAGACGUCGACGUUCACUACGCCUAGCUGCGGUCUUCAAGGCAUUGCGCCGCGAAGUGGUGAUCUUUCACCGCAGCCCGUGGCGGAACUCUUCUCCGCGCAUGUUUCCGAAAGACCUGGGGGUUGGGCCGGGAAGCCGAAGAGGAGACGGUGUGAAAUGCCGGUUACGGCGCCCGCUGCGGACGGUCGUAACAGAAUGGAUCGUACAGUGGCGCGAGCUUCGGUUGCACCAAAUCCCGUUGAUGCGAUGGCGCGUCGUACGUGGGUUGGUGGUCCGUUGUGUCAGGCAGCUUAUGAGGAUAUCACCAACUGCUCGACUCCUCGGUUUUCUCCAGAAGUAGCUCCGGAUGUUGAUUCAACGUUGUUUGGAGACAAACACGUGUUUCAGCUUCCACUGGAAGUGGAGCGGGAGCCCUCGUGUGUGCCGCAAAGUGUGCGAGGUGCUUGCUCUACGACUCGCAGCUCCGACCGGCUCGAUGCGGAGGGGCGGUUUGCGGCUGCGGAAGCCGGGGUGGAAGGGGGGUUGUCCCGACUUCUCCGGAAGCGCAAUGCGGGAUUGUCACGACGACAGCGCAGUCUUAUAUCUCAGCUGGCCAGAGUGAUUCCGCCGGCUUCUGCGUGCGUCGUGCGGAGUUCGGCCGAUGGUCCCGUGGGUGGUGAUAGCACGGGUCGGUCGGUUGGGUGGGGGUCGGCAUCGAGCGUGGCGAUUGCUUGUGCGGCACGUCGGUUGAGAGUGUCGAGGCGACGGAAGCGCAGGGCGUCGGCACGUGCCGGGGGCAGCAGCGGCGAGCCCCUGAGAGUGUCGAGGCGACGGAAGCGCAGGGCGUCGGCACGUGCCGGGGGCAGCAGCGGCGAGCCCCUGAGGUUUCUCGAUGCGCCUGCGGGUUGCCAUAGUCGGGGAGAGGGAAGGCGGAGGGGGGACGGGAACGUUGGGGUUGGAAGCGAGGUCGGUGUAUCGGAAAGAGCAUUGCGACGCUCGAGCGCACAGGUGUGCGCUUCCGACCGCCGUUCGGACUUGGAGGGACAUGCGUCUGCGGUUGAGGGACGGGGCGAGGGGGCCGACGAACUCGGGAUCGAUGCCGGAAGCCGUUCGGGGUUGGACGUAGGCAGGUUACGUUUGGGGUCCGUGGGUGGCGCAUCCGAGGAGGUCGCUCGUGUGGCACCGCCGCGUUUGCCUGUGCUGCCUUUUGCUACUUACCGUUGCGCGAUCUCGAACGGUGUGCAGAUCUUUCGGAACGAGGGCACGGUGGAUGCGUACAGUCUCGGGGAACGUUCGCCUUGCGCGCAUUGCGGUGCUCUGCUUUGGCCGCAUGAACAUGCGUGGAAAACGAUUUGUUGUAAAGGAGGCAGGACGAAGUGCCAAUUGUGGGAGAUGCCGGAGGAAGGAAGUGCGGCGCACUUGGUGCUGUCGCUAUGGACAGAGGACUCUCGCGAGGGCAGGCUUUUGAGGGCGAAUUCGCGUAGGUUCAACAACGCGUUGUGCCUCUUCGCACAGAUGUACGUUUACGACCCUGCUGACGUUGACGCUGUUACGGACAUGCGAGUGGACACGAUGCACCUUCGCGAGAGCACGACGGAGUGCGAGAUCCAAGCAAUUCGGCUGUUGCUUGCUCGCCUUCACGGACUUCUGCUGCAGUGCAAUCCGUAUGUGCGCGACUUUAUAACGUAUCACGAAAUGCCUGCUGCUCGGCGUGAUGGGGUGAGGAUCGUUAUUAACCCCCACACGCGGCCACGCGGUGAGCACGAACGGCGGUACAACAAACCGGAAGGCUUGUUAGAGUUGUGCGUGUUGAUUCCGGACCAGUUGUUGUCGAGCGAGGUGGAGGUGCGUUGUCGGGCGGAGGGCAGCGGAGGCUCUGUGGUAAGAAAGGUUGCCGAUGACAAUAGGGCGUACAACCCUUUGCAUUAUGUGCUUUUGGCGGAGGGCAGCGNAUUAUGUGCUUUUGGCGGAGGGCAGCGGAGGCUCUGUGGCAACCCCGAAAGCAUGACCGCGAGACAAUUCUAUGCCUUCCAUUUGAAUGAGAGGUGUGGGGAGCGUACCACCCUGCUUUGCGCGGAGCGAUUGCUUCAGGAGUACUGCUGCAUGGCAUACGCCAAGGUCGAGACUCAUCGCUUGAACUACUUGGAGUUUAACCAGGAGAAAAUGCGCUGCGAACGGUACAAGGAACUGCAGAGAGCUGUGCACGAGAAUGAACAUGGCGACGGCAUGGGGACGAAGGUCUUUUUGCCUUCGACGUUCACGGGCGGGCCCCGUCACAUGGCCGAGAAGUAUUACGAUGCCAUGGUCGUUGUUCAAAAGCUCGGGAGACCCGAUCUGUUCAUUACAAUGACUUGCAACAGCAACUGGCCUGAAAUCUUGGAUGCGCUGCUGCCGGGUCAGUGGCCACCCGUCGAAAGGUUGCCCUUUCACUUGGAGGGCGACGAGACUGUCGUGUUUGAAGAAGGCGGCAAGGAGGCUGCAGUCGACGUUGGAGCGGGUCGCACAAAGUUCACUGCGUGGAUGGAGCUGAACGAGGAGCUUCGAUGCUCUGGCUGCGAUCGUUUUCCGCUGUAUUCCGAUAUCACGGAAACCCACACGUGGCACAAGGCUGAGAAGCGGUGGAAAUUGCGGCGCUCGGGUGGUAGAUCCGGAGCCUUUCCUAAGAUCGGGCGGCUGCAGCGUGCGUGCCCGGCUCAGGGGGACCUCUUCUACUUGCGCAUACUCCUCGGGCAUGAACAUUCUCGUGGUGCAACGUCUUUCGCUGCCCUGAGAACGGUGGAGCAGCGGGAGUUGGGCACGUUUCGAGAAGUUUGCCAGCGCCUCCAUCUUCUUGACGAUGACUCGGAGUACGACAAGGAUAUGGAAACGGCGGCUCUUCAUUACAUGCCGCACCAGAUCAGGCAAGUGUUCGCGAUGCUGCUUGCGUACGGUCCGGUGUCCGACCCCAUGGCGCUGUUUUAUAAGUACUGGGAGCCCAUGUCCGAGGACUACGUGAGGAAGUUGAGGGGCAUGAGUGUCGCGCCGGGGGUUCUGCAAUCGUUGGCGUUGUUGGACAUUCACGUUCAGCUAUUGGACAUGAAAACGAGUAUGGGAGGAGUUGGUUUGACGUUCCCCGACCCAGAGGCGCAGCGCGUUGCUGAGGAGCUGCGCGCUCGGAUUCCCCUCGAGGGCUUGCCCGAGCUGAUCCGAGAGGAGCUGAUGUACGACAGGGCGGAUAUGGAGAGGCAGUGGGCAGCAAACUACCCUUUGUUUCGCCCUUCGCAAAAAGAGCUGGUCGAUGGCGCUAUGUCCGCUGUGCUCAACAGGAGUCCCCUGUGCGUUUUCGUCGAUGCUCCCGCCGGAACAGGAAAUACCUUUUGCAUUAACACGAUACUUGCUGGCGUUCGUCGGCACGAAAACUGCAUCGCUUUGGCGGUCGCGUCCAGCGGAAUAGCGUUGCUUCUGCUUCCCGGCGGAAGAACAUUCCACUCGCGGUUUCAGGCGCCUCUUCAGCCGGAUGCUAAGAAACCAUUUCCGAUUCGAAGACAGAGCGGACUUGCACAACUGAUAAGAAUGUGCAGCCUUAUAGUGUGGGACGAGGCCCCGAUGACGCACCGGGCGCAGCUGGAAGCUCUCGACCUCACCUUGCAAGAUAUCUGUCAAUCGGACGAGCCCUUCGGUGGUAAGGUGCUGUUGCUGGCGGGCGACUUCAGGCAAGUUUUGCCGGUGGUGAGGAGGGGCAGCCGGGCUGAGCAAAUCAGGGCUUCCAUAAAAUCGUCGCCGUUGUGGGCACGCUUCAAGACGCACAAGCUGGACGAGAACAUGAGGGUUCUGCGCCGUGGCGAUGAUGAGGUCGCAAGAAAGUUCGCUGCUUUCCUGCUGCGUGUGGGUGACGGGGAGCACGACGUCGUGGACCUCGCGGAUCCCGAGACGAUUGAGUUGCCACCGGAGAUAUGCAUGGAUCUGGAUCUUGCUGCUCUCAUCGACUGGACGUUUCCCGACCUCGGUCGGCAUCUUCACGACCCCGACUACCUCACCGGCAGGUUUGUUUUGUGUCCGAAGAACGACGCUGCGCACGUUAUCAAUAAUAUGAUUUUGGAUGGUCUGCCCCAGCCGGACAUCGUGUACAUGUCAGUCGACAGCGCGCCUACGGACUCUUACGGUUUGAAUGUUCCGGUUGAGUACCUCAGCAGCUUGAAUUGCUCGGGCUUGCCACCGCACGUGCUGCGGCUGAAGGAGGGGGUUCCGGUUAUGUUGCUGAGAAACAUCUGUGUGCACAUGGGCAUGUGCAACGACACUCGGCUGAUCGUGAACAAGUCGGUGUCUGGACGGCUCAUCGAAGCCACGAUUCUGCCCACCCGCAAGAUCGCGGUGAUACCUCGGUUGACUCUGGACUCCGACGACUCGGCCGGCUUCCUGUGGAAGAGGCGACAGUUCCSCUUGCGUGCUGCGUUUGCRAUCAYGAUUAACAAGUCCCAGGGUYAGAGUGUGUCGAGGGMCGGUUUGUAUCUUGAGAAACCUGUGUUCGGUCAUGGUCAUCUCUACGUUGGUCUAUCGCGUGUGCAGCUAGGGGAUUUAUCGGGGGAUGAGUCGGACGAUUCCCUGAAGGGGGAGCGAUCAUCGCCAAUCCGAUUUGGUUUUGGAUGGGAUGGAGCGCCUGCCGGUUGUGCCGGCCAGUCGGCUCCAUGCGAUGUGUCGGCAGGCAGGUCAGUGCAGCCCUCCACCGCUCCGGUGGCCUUUGCCGGCACAAGUGCUGGUACGGGGGGUGCGGACCGGGUGAGUAACGAGAUGUGCGAAAUCGAUGACGAGAAGGCCAACUUAGGAACGCAGCCGGCGUCAGCGUUUGCAAUCCGGCCACGCGAGGUCGUCGUAGGGCCCAGUUUGAAGUCGGACGUUGCGCGUACACCCGAGCAUUCGUCCUCGCUUGCGGCGACACAAGCAACUCGCUCCGAGCACUCCGAAGGUAUAGUGACGGGCGCGGCAUGCGGACAUUUCGACCCGGCGUCAGCGUUUGCAAUCCGGCCACGCAAGGUCGUUGUAGGGCCCAGCUUGACGUCGGACGUUGCGAGAACACCCGACCAUUCGUCCUCGCUUGCGGCGAGACAAGCAACUCACUCCGAGCACUCCGAAGGUAUAGUCACGGGCCCGGAGAUCAUACCAUCGUACGGCCGCAAUGGUUUUCGGCCGGGUACGAAAUUGGUUUAUCAGGAGAUCAGGCACCACGAUCCGCCUAUCUGGUUGGAUAAGGAAGGCACUGUUGCUCUCGACCGGAAGACGCAGAGGAUAGUCGAGUCUUGGACGGACAUUCUUGACAGGGUGGGUAGGAGACGGAUUCUGAACUGGAUGCUCAUCGCGCUGUUCUUGGAUGGAGAGCGGGUUGAGCUUACGGAACACAUUUGGCUAGACUUUUUGCUUGCGAGAGGGAGGAUCGAGCGCAGGUUUGUCCCGCGUCGUCGUGAAUUAGUGUGCGAUAACGGAUCGCUGCAGGACUCGCAUGAGCUUAUCCAGGCCAUCCUCCAGUAUGAACAUGUCACGAGGGCUGGAUUUGUCGUUCGGACUCUUUGUGAAAGAUUCGCAAAAGUUCACGACGAUUACGUGUCGUUUGAGAUCUAUCAGUACGCUAGACUGGAUGAAAUUGCUUUGCGUCUGCCCGAGACGCCCAGGUCGUUGUGUCCUUAUGUCAAGGCGUGUCACGGAGAUUGCCCGAUUGCGACAUAUGCACCGCCCGGCACUGGGUUUCGCAGGCCUACAUCCGCAGCCGAACUCGCAAGAGAACAGGCGACUCCGUCGCCGCGGAGGACGCGCCUUCGGUCUCCAUCACCACGUCUCACCACUUCUACGACCUGCUUCUUCUGCCACUUGCUACUCUACCCUCACGCUAAAAUGUCUCCGAAGAAUCGCGGUGCUGCCAAGGAUCCUCACUCUUUGCUUGCUAAGUCUAUUGAGGAGGAGGAAUCUUUACGUUGGCGGAUAGCCGAACUCAACGAGAAGCUGGUUGAGCUUCGCUCCCGUGGGUACGACGACAGAGACGUCCGAUGGUUGCGUGUGGAGGAAAAGAUUGACGAGGCUGAAGAAAAACGUCAGCGAGCGACAAGCAGAGCUGAGAGGAUGCGGAACAUCAUUGAUGCCGGUGAUAUUGAUAGCGAUGCAGAUUAUCGUAGUGGAGAUGAAUGGAUAGAAGAGCAAGAAGAGGCAUCAGACUCUAGCGAUCCAGAGGAGUGCCCGUACUUCCUUUCCCGGGAAAGCCAUAGCAGUGCUGAGCUGCUCUUCGUUCCAUACAUCUUCCUCAUCAAUCCACAACAGCGUAAUUCUUUAAAAGGAAUCAGUUGGGAAAACACAGUCCUCAUUUUCGACGAGGCACACAAUCUGCAAAGCAUUUGUGAAGAAGCAUCGUCGUUCGACUUGUCAACGCGGAUUAUAGAGCAAUGUAUCGAGGAAGCGGACAAGGUAUUGAAAGCGGUGCUGAAAACAGUUCAAGAUGGUGAAGCAAUGGAUGCGGUUGCUAAUGCUGAGAACUUCGCUGUUCUGAAAGCUGAUUGGAUGGGGGACAAGGACGGCUCAGGCGGCUCUAGGAAAGACGAAGGGGCAGCCCCUCCACCUCCACCUCCUGUGGAUACACAGGUGGAAAAGGGGAAAGGCCCUCUCAUUCCCAAAACCGGUGUGGAGUUAGCUUUGGAAGCUGUGCUGAAGGCUGCAGAAGCGGCCAAGGCACAGGUGGAGAAGCUGCAAAAGGAGAAGGAAGAGGCAAAGAGAAAGACCAAGGAAGUUAAUAGACGGGAAGCCCUUGCUGAUUACUUCCUGAAAGUAUAAGGAGACAAAAGGUUUAAUGAAACCAAUCGUCUCCU